GCCCAGCAGGCUGCGCUGCGGGCGGUGCCGGGCAGGUCGCGGCGAUGGCGGCGGUGUAGCUGGGAGCGGGCGGCGCGGGGCCACCAUGAUCAUCGAGAGCGUAGACGCGCUCAAGUCCUGGCUGGCCAAGCUCCUGGAGCCCAUAUGUGACGCUGACCCCUCAGCCCUGGCCAACUAUGUCGUGGCGUUAGUCAAGAAAGACAAGCCCGAGAAGGAGCUGAAAGCUUUCUGUGCUGACCAGCUGGAUGUGUUCCUGCAGAAAGAAACUUCAGGGUUUGUAGAUAAACUCUUUGAAAGUUUGUACACCAAAAGUUACCUUCCUUCUGCUGAGCCCACAAAGGCAGAGGCAAAGCCUGCAGGGCAAGAGAAAGAAGAAGUCAAGGAAGAGUUGUGUGUUAAACAGAAUUUUCAAGAGUCUGUUGAAGAAGAGCGGGAGAGCAGGAAGAAGAAGUAUUCCAGUCCCCAGAGGAGCCGUGCAGAUUCCAGUGAGCAAAGAACCAGAGAGAAAAAGCGGGAUGAUGGGAAGUGGAGGGACUAUGACAGGUACUAUGAUAGGAGUGACUUGUACAGGGAGAAGUCUGGCUGGCGCCGGGGCAGGAGUAAAAGCCGCAGCAAAAGCAGAGGGCUGAGUCGGAGCCGCAGCCGCAGCAGGGGCCGCAGCAAGGACCGGGACGGCAGCAGGAGCGGGCUAGUUCAGGUCUGUCGGAAAAGUAAGUGGCACAGAUUACAGCAUUCCACGCACCUUGAGACCGCGUUAGUUAAGGGCAGAGAGCACCGAGAGAGAGAGAGAUCAAAAUACAAGAGUGAAAAAAAUGAUGUUGAAGGCUCGUAUAAUCCAGUGUCCGCAUCUCCCAGUAAAUCCUCUGAACAGUAUUCCUCUGCACAAGCUAUUCCCAGUGCUGUAACUGUAGUUGCACCUGCGCACCACCUUGAAGGCACCACAGAGAGCUGGUCAAAUUACUUCAACAAUCACAGCAAUCCCAGUUCAUUUGGCAGAAACCCUCCUCCUAAAAGAAGAUGUCAAGACUAUGAUGAGCGAGGCUAUUGUGUCCUUGGCGAUCUCUGCCAGUUUGAUCACGGAAACGAUCCUUUAGUGGUAGAUGAAGUCUCCUUGCCCAGCAUGAUCCCGUUCCCGCCGCCGCCGCCAGGGCUGCCGCCGCCGCCGGGACUGCUGCUGCCGCCGCUGCCGGGGCCGGUGCGCGGGCUGCGCCUGCCGGUGCCGCAGCCGCACCCGCAGCCCCCGCCGCCCGUCGUGCUGCCCGUUCCGCGACCACCUUUAACACAGUCCAGCUUGAUCAACAGUCGUGACCAGCCGGGGACAAGCGCAGUGCCCAGUCUUGCACCCGUGGGAGCAAGGCUGCCUCCUCCUCUGCCUCAGAACCUGCUCUAUACAGUGUCAGAACAUACAUAUGAGCCAGAUGGCUAUAACCCUGAAGCUCCUAGUAUUACCAGUGCUGGUAGAUCUCAGUAUCGGCAGUUCUUUACGAGAGCACAAAUGCAGCGUCCAAAUCUAAUUGGCCUAACAUCUGGGGAGAUGGAUACAAACCCUCGAGCUGCCAACAUUAUCAUCCAAACUGAACCUCCCAUUCCCAUUACAAAUAACAGCAGCAAUGUCACUAGAGUUGUCCUGGAACCAGACAGCAGGAAGAGAUCUCCAAGCAGCAUGGAAUGCCCACCAUUGAAGAAACCCUGGUUGGGAAAGCAAGUGAACAACAACCAGAAUAAACCAGGGUUUUUGAAAAAGAAUCAAUAUACUAAUACAAAAUUAGAAGUUCGAAAAAUUCCACCAGAAUUGAACAAUAUUACACAGCUCAAUGAACACUUCAGCAAAUUUGGAACUAUUGUAAACAUUCAGGUGGCUUUCCAGAACGAUCCUGAAGCUGCUCUCAUUCAGUACUUGAGCAACGACGAGGCGAGGAAGGCGAUUUCCAGUACGGAGGCAGUGCUGAGCAAUCGGUUUAUCCGGGUGCUGUGGCACAGGGAGAGCGAGCAGCAGCCCCCGGCGCUGCAGCAGCAGCAGCCGCCGCCCACCCCGCAGGCGCUGCAGCACCUGCAGCAGCAGGCGCUGGCCACGCCGCCCGCCGUCACCGUGCACAGCAGCCUGGCCAAGGUGAUGAACAAGCCCCUGGCGCCUGGUGCCUACGUCCUUAAUAAAGUCCCGGUGAAAAGGCGCCUUGGAGCAGCGGGCGGGAGCCAGCCUGAGCUCAGCCAGCCCGGGGCGGGGGCAGAGGAGUCUCAGAUAUUUCCUACUUCUACAAGCCACUCAAAAAUGGUUUACAGUUCUCCAAACUUGAAGACAACUCUGAAGUCUGGUGCAGGGUCUAAACCUCAUGACGUGCAAGAAGCCCUUAAAAAAAAACAGGAGGCAAUGAAACUCCAGCAAGAUAUGAGGAAAAAGAAGCAGGAGAUGUUAGAAAAACAAAUAGAAUGCCAGAAGAUGUUGAUAUCCAAGCUGGAGAAAAACAAGGCUAUGAAACCAGAAGAGAGAGCAGAAAUUAUGAAGACUUUAAAAGAACUAACAGGAAAAAUAUCUCAGUUAAAGGAUGAAUUAAAAACUUCGUCUACAACCUCCACACCAUCCAAAUUGAAGUCCAAGACAGAGGCACAGAAGGAACUGUUGGAUGCAGAGCUGGACUUCCAUAAGAGACUGUCCUCUGGAGAGGACACGACCGAGCUGCGGAAAAAGCUCAAUCAGUUACAGGUGGAGGCUGCCCGCUUAGGCAUCCUGCCUGCUGGCCGAGGAAAGGCCGUGUCAGCCCCAGGAAGGGGCCGGGGCCGGGGCCGUGGGGGCAGAGGACGGGGGAUGCUGAACCACAUGGUGGUGGAUCAUCGGCCCAAGGCACUCACCGUGGGAGGCUUCGUGGAAGAGGAGAAGGAUGAAUUGUUACAGCACUUCUCUAAAUUUGGAGAUAUCGAAGAUCUUCAGGAAGAGGAUUCCCCAUUAAGUGUUGUUGUAACUUUUAAGUCCCGCUCAGAAGCUGAGAAUGCUGCUAACCAGGGAUCGCGCUUCAAGGACCGGCGGCUCCAGAUCUCGUGGCACAAACCCAAGGUACCCUCUGUGUCCACAGAAGUCGAGGAAGAGGAGCCCAAGGAAGAGGAGACUGAAACCUCAGAUUUAUUUUUGCACGAAGAUGAUGAUGAUGAUGAUGAAGAUGAGGAUGAAUCCCGUUCUUGGAGAAGAUGAAACUUGAUGUUCGAAAUGUAUAAUUUUAGGAAUAUAGUUCAAACUACAUCUUUUAAACGUUUAUUUAAGGAAGUUGAUGAGCCAAAAAGAGCUUUACUUUCUUUUCAAACCACAGAAUUUACCAUGAGCAGUUUGGUAUGAAAACAUUUGGGACACAGAGCUGUAAGACUGAGCUAGCCAAAGGCCCAGGAACUUCUUACAAGAUUAUCAAGCUCACCAGGGUGGUGAUUUUUUUCUAUUUAAGAAGGAUAAAAAGGGGGGAGGGGGUUGGAAAUCAGUAUUUUCUUGUCCUCUUUUUGUGUCACCUGUAUUACCUUGUUUUGGGUUUUUUAUAAUGUGAUUGGUUUGUUAGUUUAUAAUUGAAAAUAUAUUACAGGUUUUAUUUAGCAAUAUUAUGAGGUUAGGGGAAAGAAAACUUUCAUUAAAUAUUAUGAAAGAAAAACUGGCCUCAUUUGCUCGUUGAAAAAAGGGAGCAUUUUAUUUCCUGUGGAGUCUCAUGUUGUAGGAAUUAUUUGUGGUUAGAUUCUUAAAUCAUUUACUUCAGUAUGUGUGACAGCCACACUAUCUCUAUGUUGUGCUGUUUUGUGAGAGGAGGUGGAAGAAACAAUUUAGCAGGAUAUUGUUAUAACAUUGUCCAGUUCACUCUGUUUCUCUAAAUUCUGCUUCACAGAAAACAUCAGCAGGAGCACACACUGGAGUGGAUUUUCACUCCUCCUUGGUUUCCUUCUGUCAUUUCAGUGUAAGGCUCAGUGUAGGUCAGGCUGUUGUUUGCAUUUCAGUAUUUGUGAGCAAGAAUGGAAGGAGUUCCAGUCUUCCUCUAAAGCCACUGAACUGGCCCCUGUCUACCAGCCAGGAGCAGCUCUCCUCUGGCUGUCCCCAGCUGUGUUCCACAGCUGGGGUUCAGAGCAGGUGGGUUACAGCAGGGUGGGCUUCUGCCCACAGGACUGGGGUGUCCUGCUUAGCCAGCCCCACAGCAGGGUGCAGUGUCCCAGGGCUGCUCAGGGCUGGCUGUGCAGAGGGUGUCCCUGUGUCCCCUUCUCAGUGCCUCUCUGCUGUCCCUGGAACCCUCUCUGCUCUCCCAGGGCUGCUCAGGGCUGGCUGUGCAGAGGGUGUCCCUGUGUCCCCUUCUCAGUGCCUCUCUGCUGUCCCUGGAACCCUCUCUGCUCUCCCAGGGCUGCUCAGGGCUGGCUGUGCAGAGGGUGUCCCUGUGUCCCCUUCUCAGUGCCUCUCUGCUGUCCCAGGGCUGCUCAGGGCUGGCUGUGCAGAGGGUGUCCCUGUGUCCCCUUCUCAGUGCCUCUCUGCUGUCCCUGGAACCCAGCAGGGUGUGUGCUGAGCCAGGGGCUGGGCUGCCUCUGGGCUCUGUGCCUUGUGCCUGGGGCACCCAGCAGCACCUUCCCUGACUGCCCCCUUGCCCUGGCCACUCCUCAACAGUGUUUUUGUGCACUUGUACACAAAAUCAGCACUGUGGCCAUACACAGCACUCUUCUCUCUUGAAUGGCUGCCAGUGUAGGCCCCAGUAACUCCUGACUGAAAACAGCAUCUGCCCAGCCCUUUGCCUGCCUGUGGCUCUGAGUGUGGCAGGGCAGGUGCUGAGCACCCUUUGGGGUCCCAGCCCUGCUGACUCUAUCCUUGUCCUGUUUGAGGUAUCCAACUUGUGUAAUGUCCUGUUUCUUGUCAACUGAAGGGAAUGUCUCCAGUAUUCUGUCUCUUUCCAAACCUCUCAUCUUCCUAGAAUUAGGACUGUUCUCCUAAUGCUGAGACUAAAUUCCAGGCAUGAAGAAUUGGAGGAGAAACCCACCUCAUGAACUUACAAGAAUGUCUUGCUCUUCUCCCAUCACCUCUAGGGGUUUUAAUGUCUGUGGCACUGUGUGUAUCUUGAGAAGUCCAUUGCAGCAAACAUGUCUGAGUCCUGACAACUUAAAAAAGGAGAGAGGGAUCAAAAGGAUUUAUAUAUUUUUUUGUACAGAGUUUUUUCUUAAACUGUAUAAUUUUGUAAAUAUUUUGCUUUUUUGUGUACUAAAAUUACCGGCGUAUAGAUUUCAAUAAGAAUUGUUGUAUUUUUGUAUUUGGAAAAUGAAAAUUACAGUGGAUUAAUUAAGCUGUAAGAAAAAUUGCGGUAGCCUUCGACACACACAGAAUGGAUUCCUUUUCAUAUGGUUUUAGCUGUAAGUGACACUGGGGUGGCACCUGUGUCAGGUGAGCGAGCGAGGGCCGUCUGAGAGCUGCACCCAUUGCAGUUUGCCCUCACGGGGCCCCUGGCAGGCUCGCCCGAGUGCCAGGAGCCACCCCAGAGGUGGCAGUGCCCCCAGCCUGGCUGGCCCGGGGGCAGAGGAGGAGGAGAGGAGCUGUGUGACACUGGCCUGCCUUUUGCCAAAGCUUAUGCACCCCCCUGUACUUUAGGGCAUGCUGGGCCUGUCUCGGGGUGGUUUGGCUGGGAUUUCUGCGUUUCCAGAGGCAGCAGGGCAGGACAGCUGAGUUCAUUUCAUGGUGAUGCUUUACUGGGACACUCAGCUGUGCCUUGGGCAAAGCAGCCCUCAGGGGUACCUGUGUGCCCCAGCCACGUGUGCCAGCCUGAGCCGGGGCCAGACACUGAGGGAUGAGGGGAUGGGGAAAGGAAGUCACUGCAAAGAAUUCCUUCCCUUUCUGUGCUGAAUUAACCUGAGCAAAAACAAACAAAACCACCUCAAAUAUGAAACCAGGCACCUGCUUAGGAAAGCACCACUUCAGCAAAAUCAUGUGAAAAGGAACAAAGCUCCUCUUGGUGUAUAGUAACCUUGUACUAUAGUUUUUACAGAUUGUGAACUUGUGUAAUAGGAUGAUAGCAGAUAUUGUUGAAUUUCUAAUUGUUUACACAUUAAAAUUCAUAUAUGUAAUGUUUGUUUUAUUGAUUACAAGCCAAAUUUCUAAGAUGCAUGUUGACUUUUUUUGCAAUAAAGUUAUAGUAUGGAAUGGUUCAA